GUCAUCAAAAUGCUGGUAAUUGUGGUGAUUAUGUUCGGUGUCUGCUGGCUGCCGCUGCACACGUUUUUCCUUGUGCUGGACUUCAACCCGGGACUCACGGCCAACGCCUCCAAAGCCAACCAACAACUGUUUACCAUGAUCUACUGCGCCGCCUUCUGGUUGGCCAUGUUCAAUUCCUGCGCCAACCCGAUUAUCUACGGCUUCACGAAUGAUAGUUUUAGG